UCGGCGGCGCCCUUCAGUGUCACUAGAGGCGUGUCCAAGGAAGGGUGUUACGUUAUUAGGGUGCUCCCCGCGUCACUUGGAUAUAUUCGUCCCCGGUAAAUACGCCUUUUAUACACGAUACGACGUGCACCACCGAUCGAACGACAGCAGCCAGCGAGGAAGAGGCUGCAGAGGACAGGCAGAGACAGGAGUCAAAGGGGGGCAUAGUGGCCUCAACAUGUGACGGUGCCUGGCCGGGGGCUGCGUCACGGCCGUGGGUAGUGGCGGUGACGGUGUGGGUGACGGUGUGACAGAACCUCGGAGGGCGGGAUUGAAAGGGAUACAAGUGAACGUAUCUAAAGUAACGAGCACUGGUGACACGGGGAGUUAGAAUUGUGAUAACUUAAGUGAAGAUGUAAAGUGAAAAGUGUGUUAAGUAUAGUCGUAAACCAAGUGGAGAGGUCGAAGACGCGAAAGAGAGAAGAAAUCGGUGCUCGUGAUAGAGGAGUCUGGGUUACUGACAUCCGCGGGUCUUAACGAAUGCGGGGAGAGUGCGGACCAGUGUUGCGUGUGCGUGUGUGUGUGAGCCUUGGGGAUUACGUGCAAGCAAGCAGGGGAGCGUAACACCACCCAGCAUCUCUUCAUCCGCUUCAGCAUCAUCUCUCCCUCCACUCCGUCCAAGCUUUAGCGGAGGAAAACGAUUGAUUCGCGAGUGAGAGACGGAAAGCGAGGGAGAGGGAGAGAGAGAGUCCGUCCCUGCCACAAUAAGGCGCCACACAGGGACCUGGACCGGCUGCGGGGGCUGUCUCCGCUGUCCCAGCACUGGCGCCGCACCCCCGGGAUGAAUCCUCGCACCCCACUUGUGCUCUCCCCCAGGGGAGGGGGGAGCAGUAGUGUCACCCACACCAACGCCGUCACCCCAAAAGCCUCCCUCAAGCCCGUUCGGGAGGCCUCCACACCCACCACCCCCGCCCGGCCCAGGCUGCUGCGCUCUGCCUCGCGCCCGACAAGAGUUAACGUCCCCUCAUCUGCCCCCCCUUCCUCGGCCGCCCCCCCUACUGCUGCCGUCACCCUUCGGAAAGGCUCGGCCCCUGGCAAAUUGAUAAGCAACGUCUUGGGCGCCAGUCUUGAAAACCUCCCGAGCACAGUCUCCACGCGCCGGAAGACCUCCGCCCCCGCCAAGACCGCCGUGCCCAAUGCCAGCGCCAGGAAGACCUCGGCCGUGAUUGCCCCCCGGCCACGCAAGACUUCAGCGCCCACCAUCAGUACUCGGAUGUCCAAGGACCACGCUGGUGCGGCGAGCAACCAGCAAGUGUCCAAGGGCACCUCAGGGUCAACCUCCUCCUCGGCCUCCUCCGUCGCUGCUGCAGCUUCUGGUCCACAGGGCGAGAAGGGCGUCAAGAAGGGCACGGCGGCGCAGGACAUGCAGCCGCUGCCCACGCUGAAGGAGGAAAGGAAGCCCCAAUCCAAGACCAGAAAGAUGGACGGUAAAGGAAAGGAGAACUCGGCCCCUCCAGCGACGGGUUCUAAGGGCAUGGAGGUCACCCCAGCGUCAACCCCCGCCCCCACGCCCACCCCCGCCCCCGAUACGUUCCCGGAGAAGGUGCAGCUGGAAAAGACCAUCUCCGACCUGGUGAAGAAUGCAGAGACCAAGAAGCAGGAGAUGGCCGCCCUCAAGAUGGAGAUCAACAGACUCAAGGAGUCAGCGAGGGAGCGAGAGAGUGCCAUCUCUGCCGCCACCACAAGCGAUGAGUGCCACAGGUGCAAGAGUGGCGGCAGUGACAUCACCUCCUCUGGGAAGACCACCACCGCCACAACCACCUCUGCUACAUCCCCCGUGCCGCCGCAGGAGGUGAGGGAGGCGCUCAACUCCCUCACUGUGGAGAACAAGCUGCUGAAGGACAGACUCGCGCAGCUUGGCGUGUCCGUGGAAGCCUCGCCACUCUCGGACCAGGAGAAGGAGUUACUGCUGAGCAAGGUCUGCACUGUGUCCCAGAAUGGCGGCGAGGGCGAGGACCCGUCUUCCUGUGCAGACCGCAACGAGUGGGACAACAAAUCCACCUCCAGCGUGUCGGAGGUGUCGGUGGCGUGUCUCCAGGACCGCAUACAACAGAUGGAGGAGACACACUACUGCACCAAUGAGGAGCUUCAGGCCACGCUGCAGGAGCUGGAUGACCUGCGGGAACAACUGGCUGAGUGUACGCUGGAGGUGCAGCAGCUUCAGGAGGAGAAACAGGUCAUCCUGGAGUCCCUCACGCAGCAGACGGAGAAGCUGGCUGAGUCACGCUCCCAGAACGACACCCUCAAGCACAUGGUGAUCCAGCAGUCCGAGAACAGCCAGGACCUGUCCCAGUGUGAGAAGACCCAGCGACUCAUGGAGCUGCUCAAGAGCGCCCAAGAAGACCGGGAGCUGUUGCAGAUCAAGCAGGACGAACUGGAGCAACAGCUGACCAACACCAAGGAGGUCGAGGAGCGCUUCCACCGGGAGACUCAGCUCAUCAGGGACAGGAUGAAGUUGCUGGAGGCCAUGGUGGAGGCUGCAACCAACGAGAAAAAGGCGGCGGAGAACCAGCUAGCGGAGGCCCAGGAGAACUGUAAAGCCUCGGAGAUAGAGACAACUCGCCUCAAGACAGCUCUGGAGGCAGCCAAGGAGAAGAUCACAGAGUUGGAGGCAGCCGUGAUAUCAGGCGAGAAGAGCAAGCUGCCCGACGUCCUGGAGAGGGUCAGGCAGGAGAAGGACGCCCUGGAGAAAGAAAACGCAGCCCUCCAGCAGCGUGCCAAUGCCUCCGCCUGUGAGAAUGAGCGCCUCCGGGACCAGAUAUCUGUGUUCCAGGACGAACUCAUGGUAAGCGGCACACAAGUGGCGCGCAACAAUGCCAAGAGUCAGCUGGAGGAUGCAGACUGGAAGAAGGUUCAACUGGAGACAGAGCGGCUGCAGCUGCAUGAGGAGGUGGAGGUGGUGAAGGCCACGGUGGAGGACCUGAAGCUCACCUGCCAGCGCCACCUGGAGGACAAGAGGGAGCUGAAGGCAAACCUGUCUGAGGCGCAGAAGAAGCUCCAGGAGGCCAAUGAGAAGCUGCAGGAGAAGGAACGCUUCAUCACCGAGGGCAGGGCGCAGCAGAACAAGAAGGAGGAGGAGUGGCAGCAGUUCCAGAAUGACCUGCUGAUGACCGUCCGAGUGGCAAAUGAUUUCAAGACUGAAGCGCAACAUGAACGGGAGAGACUGGAGCAGGAGAACCUGGUGCUGAAGGAGAAAGUCAAGACACUGGAGACAGAGAAGACCAAGGCCUCGAAAGUGUGUGCUCCUGUAGGCAAUAGCAGUACCACCAGCCUGAACAAUGGUGGCAGCGACCGCCGGUCAGUGCGCACCAUGCCGUCAGCGCUGCCUAACGGCGACCCUAGCAUCCUCGCUGACCGCCGCAACACUCGCCCCCUCGCCAGAGGAGACUCAAGGGUCAAGUCUCUCAUUGAGUCCAUAGAGAGUGCAACGCGGCAAACUCGGUCAGGUUCUCGCAGCUCCUCCACCUCCAGCCUCUGCAGCACCUCCAGCGAAGGGAACAUCAACAACAACAACAACAACAGCAACAAGACCAAUACCCCCAUCCUGAAACGUGCAGACACAGAGAGUAUGAUUCGGAGUGGUCCUUCCUCCCCCCUGAAGGACGCUAGGAACACCCUGGGCUCACAGUCACCUCUUCGGGCACUCCAGAGAAAUUCCUUCUCGGAGGGCCUCAGCCAGUCCCAGUCCACCUUCUCCAAGUCCACGGCCGGGACCUCCAACCUCUCCAACACCGUCAAGCUGUCGGACAAGACCACCACCAAGAUCAGCAGCAUGGGGCCCCCGGGAGACAACAGCGUGUCCAAACCCAUCUCCAUCCUGAGCAACAAACUGGACCACAGCAUGCGGCGGAACAGCUACGGACAGAUCAGUGCUGUCGGGGACAAGAAGGACCCGCUGGCCUCCCUUGCCCAGAACGGAGGCUCCAAGAGGAACGCCCUCCUCAAGUGGUGCCAGAACAAGACGGUCGGCUACACCAACGUCGACAUAACCAAUUUCAGCUCCAGUUGGAAUGACGGCCUGGCCCUGUGUGCCAUCCUGGACACUUACCUUCCUGAGAAAAUCAAUUAUAAGUUCCUCUCACCUCAGAACAAGAGAGAGAACUUCCAAGUUGCAAUAUCAGCGGCAGAGUCUGUGGGCAUCCCCAACCAGCUGGAUGUAAGUGACAUGAUCACAUCCGAGCGGCCCAACUGGCAGACGGUCUACACGUACGUCACCUCCAUAUACUGCCACUUUGAAACCUGAACCUUCCACGAGUCAUCCUGGACACAGUGAGCCUCUGCUUGCCGUGGGAGGUCAGGUGGCCCCCAGCUUGUCCUGUGAGGUGCUGUGCCGCCCAGCAUGUGUGUCCGCCCGUGGAGCAGUCCAGUCCCUGCCGGAGCACACUGAUGAGCGGCCUUCUUCAAACAUGACAUUAGAUCAUAUUUUUGUACACUCAUUGCAUGUAGGAAAGAUUUAAGUAUACAUAUAUCAUUACCAUUUAGUUAUUGUGAAGUGCCUUUUUUUAAGAGAAAUAUACAUAUUUUUUCCUUAUUUUUAUGUAUACAUUGUGCAGUUUCUUUCAAUCAAAUUUAGCUCUAUUGUCUGUAUUCCAGCUCGUGGUAGCUGCGUUCUCUUUCCAUGGACCAUAUUUAUGUAUUAAUAAGGAAUGAAUCUGUCUAGUCUGAUAUUUUUUUUUUUAUGGAAAAGACAAAUAUAGAAUCUUGCUGUUCUUACCUGGCUGUGUGGAGACCAGAGGUGUCUGAGGCGGUUCCUGAGUACAAAGAGGAACACGCAGGGGACGGGUCUGAUCCCCCGCCGAGAGGGAGGGAGGGGGCGGGGAGGUGGCAGUGGUGCUCCAGGAAAGUUCUGUCAAGAGGGUAGCUGUGAUAACUUCUCAAUAACUUCCAGACUAUUUCCAUUACCUAUACACUGCUUGUUAGAGUGCCUGCCUGCCCGCCAGUGUGCCAGCAGGUAAAGCUCUGGCUCCAGUUGGCUGGGUACUAACUGAGCUGUGAGGGUUACAGUGCUGGGGGCCUACAGCGGUACAUAACAUUUUUAUGCAUGGAAUAGGAUGCAAUGAAUAGUAAUAAUUAUUUCUUAUCUAUUCCUCACUGAGCUAUUGAGGAUACCAAUCAGCUUUUUUUCUUAAAUGUUUAACUUUAAAAUGUGCACUUGAGUGUACAUGAGUGAAUUUCCAUAAUCGAGCUGUGCCUUACCUAUUUACCGAGAAACUUGCUUGUAAUGAACUGUAAUAAGUGUAACCAACUGCAUGCUUCCAUAAGUCAGGAAGGUGGACGCCUUGGCCACCACACAAAGGUUAGCUCCACACGCUCAUGCCAUGGACCUGUGGGUUGGUAGAGGAGUCAUUGCAUCUGUGUAUAAAGUGUUCAUUCAGCUUCUUAUCUGUCUAAAGGUCUUACAUUAUUAUAUUGUACAAAGUUUUGUAAUGACAGUUCAGUGGACCUGUUGCAGUGGCUUUGUAUUUUUGCUUGUACAUAGUUAAUAUUUAGGUUUAUGGUGAUUACAUAUGCAGUACAUCUAGUGCAACAGUGCAUGUAUGCUUGCAAGUUCCUAUAGCACACAUGAAUGCAGUAUUAUAAUAAACACUGAAGCUUC